AUGAAGAUCCGACAGCUCACAACGUGCCACACCUGCAGGGCACGCAAACUCGCCUGCGACGGGAAGAAACCCGCUUGUACGCAAUGCGAGAUCCGCAAACGGGACUGCGCUGGCUAUCAGCAUGAUCUCAUCUUUCGACCGCCCUUAGUCGGCGGCCCCCCUGGACGUACCAACACUGUCACCAAGGCCAGAUCCAAGCCCAGCAAAAAGACACCAUCCCCUCCGAAACAAGUAGCAGCUCAAAUUGCUCGUUCACAGGAGACUAGUAGUUCCCACCACAUAGCUGCGCCAGUGCCGAUAUCGAGGCCGCUGAGCUGGCCGUUUCUGGACAUCAUCUCGCUCGUCGUGCAGAACUUCAGCCCCGACAGCGCCCCAGCAUGCAAAGGGCUGAUCUCGGCCGAGACCAUCUGCGGCGCUUGGGUGCAGGUCAUGCCCGAUCUUGCGCGCUGCCCGGCUGCCGAGACGUAUCUGCUACCCGCCAUCAAGGCACUCGGCGUCUCCAUUGCGUCUCGCGGUGACGCUGGGAGGGCGCCUGUUGGCCAAGCACUAGAGGCCCAGAGAGAGGCUGUGUGUGCUCUCAACCGUGGACUCGGUCAGAUGCGAGCAGACGAGUUCGACGUGAUCCUGGCAUCCGUCAUGUGUCUUCUCGUCUCCGAGAUGAUGCUUCCAACGUCAGAAUACGGUGCAGUCAUCCAUCUACGUGGCGCUCGUGAUCUCUUGUUCCAUCAAGAGCCUGCGUAUUACGUCCAAGGACUUCCUCACGCUUUGUACAUUGGCUUCAGGCCUGCCUUGAUGACCGCCGCGCUCCAGUUGAGGCAGUACUUUGUCAUGGCGGUGGAACCCUGGAUCACCGUCCCGUUCACGGUCAUCGGACCAACCCACAUUCAGAUGGUCAUGAAUAGCGCAUUUAGCCUUCCCUGCCUGCUGCGCCAGGUCGACGAGCUUACUCCUCAGGCAGCUGACCAAGACGCAUCAGCGGUCACCCGUAUGCUCGAGCAGCUGUCAGAGCACAUUCGCCGGUUAGCCUCGCUCGAAGAAAAGGCUAGAAAGGACGAGGAUGUUUCGGAGUGGCUCCAGGUCACCAGUACACUGGACGCGUCCACGCCAUUCGCAUUUCCCAGCAUCACCGUGGCCAACCUCUUCGUGCUCAUCUGGACAUUUCGCCUCCUUGCCCUCGAAGGCCUGCGGCAUCUUCUCGCCAAGAUGCCCGUCCUCCUGAGCGGUUCCGUGCUGCACAAAGCCCUUGCCGAGAGCAGUAGCGACGAAACAGACCGGCUCGCCACGUGGAUAUUGAGGAGCAUAGAGUAUCUCGUCUCUGAGCGCUUCCGACUCUUCGGCGCCACGUCUGCCGCCAUGCCAUUGCAGACGGUCGCCUCAUAUUACGCAGAGGGCGCGGGUCACGACGAGGAGCUGGCGUUCUGGUAUGCGCGCGUGAGAGACUUUAUCCGUGCACGAGGAUUUGAUGGGCUCAAGGCCAUUGUUCGGCAUGACAAAUGA